GCGAACGCUCCUGGUUCCCGCCAAAACUCCUGUCAAACCAGUGUCUAGUAGCCACUCGAUAAAAAAUUUCUUUUUUAGGAAAAUAAAAAAAUCAUCAUGAGUGCGCUUUUAAUAAUUGUUAUCAUCGCCCUAGUGGUAUAUAAAAUGUUUACGCGAAGAACUAUCGCGUUGAAAACAACCAAACAAGGGUAUACAGUAUUGGCAGAGUUUCAGCAAGCACCAGGACCGAUACCUUUGCCUUUCAUCGGCAGUUUACAUCUAUUGGGUAAAAGAGAAUCACCAUUCCAGGCAUUUACGGAUCUAGCGAAGAAAUAUGGCGACAUUUUUAGUAUAAAACUAGGAAGUAGCCAGUGUUUGGUUGUCAAUAACUUGGAAUUGAUAAGAGAGGUGUUGAAUCAGAAUGGAAAAUUCUUCGGAGGCAGACCAGACUUUUUGAGGUUUCACAAACUCUUCGCCGGUGACAGAAAUAACUCAUUAGCCCUCUGUGAUUGGUCGAAUCUUCAACUGAGAAGACGUAAUCUUGCCCGUCGUCAUUGCGGUCCAAAGCAACAUACAGAUAAUUUCUCACGUAUCGGAACAGUGGCUACAUUUGAAUCUGUCGAAUUAUUGCAUACAUUGAAACAAGUGACCAGGAACACAGAAGGCAGCAUUAAUAUAAAACCUUUUUUGAUGUCGAGCGCGAUGAAUAUGUUCACAAAUUAUAUGUGCAACAUAAGAUUCGAUACAGAAAAUGAUGUUGAAUUCAAAAAAAUCGUCGAUCACUUCGACGAAAUAUUCUGGGAGAUAAAUCAAGGAUACGCAGUCGACUUCCUACCAUGGUUGGCUCCGUUUUACAAGAAACACAUGGAAAAAUUAUCAAACUGGUCACAAGAUAUAAGAUCUUUCAUAUUAUCGAGGAUUGUAGAUCAUAGGGAGAUUAAUCUCGAUACAGAAGGACCAGAAAAAGAUUUCCUAGAUGGCCUUUUAAGAGUACUACAUGAAGAUCCAAAUGUUGACAGGAAUACUAUAAUUUUCAUGUUAGAAGAUUUCUUAGGCGGACAUUCAUCUGUUGGGAAUCUUGUCAUGUUAUGUCUUGCAGCUGUUGCAAGAGAUCCUGAUGUUGGUAAGAAGAUAAAAGCUGAAAUCGAUGGUAUCACUAAAGGGAAACGAGCUGUUACACUCACAGAUAGAAUCAACCUUCCUUACACUGAAGCGACAAUACUAGAAUGUUUAAGAUAUGCUUCAUCACCAAUCGUACCCCAUGUAGCAACCGAACCUGCUGUUAUAGCGGGAUACGGUGUCGAAAAGGGUACCGUUGUCUUCAUAAAUAAUUACGAAUUAAAUAAAUCAGAGAAAUAUUGGGAAAACCCUGGGAAAUUUGAUCCUAAUAGAUUUUUGGAACGCAACAAAAUACGUGUCAGAAGAAAUUCACAAUGCGAUUCGGGUAUGGAAUCCGACAGCGAAAGAUCUCCGAUAAACAAGACAACUGAACCGGAGAAAGAAUUGGUUACAGUUAAGAAAAAUAUUCCGCAUUUCUUGCCAUUUAGCAUCGGAAAAAGAACUUGCAUAGGACAAACUUUGGUAACAACAAUGAGCUUUGUUAUGUUCGCUAAUAUUAUUCAAGAAUUCGAUAUACGAGCUGAAAAAAUUGAUGAUUUGAAACAAAGGCCGGCAUGUGUUGCAUUACCUAAAGACACGUUCAAUUUGUAUUUAAUGCCAAGAAAAUAAUAGAUAUGUGUGAUCUGAUUAACUCAACUGGUCCGGUGAGAAACGCUUUCGCGUUCAGCAGUUAUGGGCUGCAGGGAAAAUGAGCUCCAGAGGUCCAUCGGGUCAGAUAACUUCGUCUAUAUUUUUGUAGAUAAAUUACUCUGGGCGGCCAUACGGAAUUCUGUUGUGGAUUUCUCUCAAAUAUCCCACCAGAAGUUUUAAAGGUUUUAUACUAAUUAUGUUCUUUUUAGUUUUUAUAAAUUAGGUAUAAAUUAAAUCAAUUUUUUAAGU